UUUGGCCAGUCCGUGGAUGUGACCUUGAGCGAUUUAGAACUGUUUGCCGAUUUGUUCUACCUCCCGUUCGCUCACGGUCCGGCCGGGGUGCGACUGUUAGAACUGGGGCAUUGGUUACGUGAGCACUCCUAUCUGUGCGGUCCUAAUCCAAGUGAUCCGGAAAAAGCAAAGGAAUGGCACGAAAAGCUUUCACAGUUUGCGGAUUUGGUCGCUUCCAUCACUCGCUUGCGUGAUCGUAUCCAACGAUUACCGUCACGCAGUAUUGCUUGUGAACUAGCGCCGUAUGUGACCGAGGUUCACACUGUACUUGGAAUGGUUUUGGAUUACUUGCUCUGGUUAGAAACCGGUGUUAUGGCUACGCGUAGUAUGUGCCAUCUGCGUCGAUUAUUAACAUGGUUUUCACCAGGCUACCGGGACAUGGUGACAUCCGGCGAUCAGGAACCAUGGACAUUCCGAGGUGGUCUGAUUACGGAACUUCAGGUACGAUUAGUAAAGAAUAAUGAGAUUCACAUUUAA